AUGGAUUCAGUCGCUGGUUUUUUUUGGGACGAUGGCUUCCCCAAGAAACCUAAAAGUAGUGCCAGUGAGACAUUAGAAGGUAACAGUAAGCCAUUGAACCAUGGGGAACGCAAGAGUAGCGUGGGGUCCAUUAAUGGGGCUACUAAUGCGGGGAGCACGACUCAACAAUAUCUGGCGGACAAACUCGUUGAGAAAUUGAUCUACAUGGCCUUGCCCCCAUCGUCAGAAUUAGCAAGAACAACCAUAGAACACAGGGUAGAGUCUAGUCGAAAUCGGCCGGGGCUUUCAGUACCUAUCAUGAGUCGCAAUUUUAUUCAAAUGAACUCAAGAUUGGGCCCUCCCUUUUUAGUCAUCGACGAAAUUAUUAAGAUCCUUAGUUGGUCUAAUACAGCGUACACCCUUUCUAUUUUGUCACUAUUCACCUACAUUGUUAUGAAACCUCUGCCGACCCUCACUAGCAUUCCUGUCUUCUACAUCGUUUUUGGCAUCAUGGUUCCGCAGUACCUCAGAAUACACAAGCCAGACUCAAACACAGUUUUUAUGUCCAACCCAGUUCCUGCAGGAGGUCCGCCCCUUAUUCAGCCCGAAAUUCCAAAGCCCGUCCCAGAAUUUAGCAAGGAGUUCUUGCUCAAUCUUACCGAUUUGCAAAACCACAUGUUACUGUAUGUCGCUGCAUUCGAUUUUGUUAACAACAUUUUGGCGCGAUUUGCUUUCUUUACCGAUGAAAGUGUCUCGAGCGCGGCUUUUCUCGUUUUGCUGAUGCUAGCGUGGUUUAACGCAUUAUUCAUAGACUCCCUGUCAAGCUUCAUUCCUGUGAAGCCUAUUCUCAUUCUUUUUGGAUGGGCAUCGGUUUUAGCUCUACAUCCUAACAACAGAGAACGCGUUUUGGAUAAGAUAUACUCCGAGGAGACUAGGCUUCGUGUCCUCAUGCUUUCCAGUAAAGUUGAGCAAAAGGUUCAUAAAUACUUUGAAUAUCAUGAGUCAAGUGAAAUGCGCCAGGCCUCGAUAUUCGAGGUGCAAAAAUUUCAAGAGCAUGGUAAAACCUGGGAACUUGUGGGUUACUCAACAGAUCACUACACAUUGUUUUCCGAUUACCGAAUAUCAGAGAAGGUACUUGAAGACGCCGCUCACCACUUGGACGACGUGAAAGCACCAGUAGAAUGGGAAUGGACCAAACAUUCGAAGUGGGAGCAAGAUUUGGACCCGGUGUUGUGGGUUGAACUUGAGUUUGUGGAGUACGUUGACGUAGACGUGGAGACCAAAUGGGUUUACGAUAUAUGCUUAGAUGGUUCUAGAGGCGAGUUCAGACGAAGAAGAUGGAUCAGGGAGUGUAUUAGGGUUGCAGAGGACGUGAAACCUGAGAAGCACCCACUUGAGGCAUCGGCGUCUCAAGUGGAAAAAGCAGGAAAUAGCAGCGAUACUAUUGCGACGCGGAGUCGCAAAGAUUACUCAGAUCUUACAGGUGCCAUACCAAAAUCUACAUCAGUUGGCUCAGUCUCCAGCUUGACCAGCAAGCAUAGCGUUUCAGGGCCUGAAAGCCCAGGAGGUACUUCUCGAGCAAAGAAAAGUUUGGCAGAUUUUCUCAACAUUCCAUAG